AUGGCCCAACGAUCGUCUGCAUUUUCGCCUCACGGGCCUCUGCAGCAGAGUUUUGACGCUGGCAUCGCCAUCACCCCGAGCACCAACUUGACCGGCACCACCAACACCAACACCAUCGGCACCACAUCUGACAUCCCCGCUGUCGCAUCCGAAGCCGCCCAUAUGCCACCAUCCCAGCCCGAACCGCCCGCCAAGCGUGCCACAGCCACCAUUCGACCCCAGUCGCAGAGCUCAGCAAGUCCGAGUGCAGCAAGUCCGAGCGCAGCUCGAAUGCGCGUAUCCCACGUACAGCCCACGCGCGCUGCGGCGCCAACGGCUUCUCGGAUACAAGCCGGAGACGGCAUCUCCAGAAAACGCCGCAUCUGCCACGUCUGCCUCGAUGGGGUCAGCAAGGCCAAAGCAUACCUCAUAUGCAUAUCAUGCAACCUUGUUGUCAGUGGCGCCUGCUCUGCUUAUCGUUGCUCGUCCCUUGCCAACCAUCGUUUGCUUGCCUGCCGUCGCUCACGGCGCUGCUCUGGGCACUUCAAAACAGGUUCAUCGACAAUGUUACAUGCUCCAGGAUUGCACCUUGGCUCCUUCGAGCACUCCUGA